AGAGAAAAAUCCCUUGGCUUAUCUUCCCGUAAAGGUAAGGAGUUUCAGAGAUAGACUUGGACCUACAUCCUCCUCCUGCCUCUCCCUCUCAUUUAAAUUUGCAUCCGCCCUUCCCAAUGGGGUGACCAAAGCUAUUACUUCCUGCUGGUUCACUGACCAAGGUUCGAGGACAGAACACAGGACUACUCACCGUGACCACCAGUCCCAGUCAGGUGCAGGGCAUUCAAGUCUCUAGGAUCCAGCCUGACUUUGGAUCCUCUAGUCCGACAAGCUGAGAGAAUUUCGCAACGUAGUCUCCCCCAACUCCCGAAUCAUCUUCUCCCACAUUCCGGUACUUCCAAGCCCGGGUUGAGGGUGAACAGCUCCAGUAGCAUCCCACAGCCAUCUCAGCCCACUCGGGGCCCAGGAAGGGGCACCCUCAGUCGCUUCUGAGAAGGCUGCGUUGGCCCUGCUGAUUGCCAGGAGGGCACUUCUGUCCCACUCCCUUCCAGCCGGCAGCUUCUCGGACUCGGGCUGUCUCCGAAGUUUGCGCAGCGCAGCCAUGAGCGCACCGCGGGAAAUCGGGACCUUCGUGGUGUGGGACUACUUAGUAUUCGCUGCGAUGCUGCUCAUCUCCGCUGCCAUCGGCGUUUACUAUGCCUUCGCUGGGGGCGGCCAGCAGACCUCCAAGGACUUCCUAAUGGGAGGCCGGAAGAUGACCGCGGUACCUGUGGCAUUGUCUCUCACCGCCAGCUUCAUGUCCGCGGUCACGGUCCUCGGGACUCCCUCUGAGGUCUAUCGCUUUGGGGCCAUAUUCACCAUCUUUGCCAUCACUUACGCCUUAGUGGUCAUUUUGAGCGCGGAGGUCUUCCUUCCAGUCUUUUACAAACUGGAAAUUACCAGCACCUACGAGUAUUUGGAGCUUCGUUUUAAUAAACAUGUUCGCCUCUGUGGGACUGUUCUAUUCAUCAUUCAGACAAUUCUGUAUACUGGAAUUGUUAUUUAUGCUCCAGCUCUUGCUUUGAAUCAAGUUACUGGAUUUGAUCUGUGGGGCGCGGUCGUUGCCACUGGGGUGGUCUGCACUUUCUACUGUACAAUGGGUGGCCUCAAAGCUGUUGUCUGGACAGAUGUUUUCCAAGUUGGCAUCAUGGUAGCAGGAUUUGCAUCUGUGAUCAUACAGGCUGUUGUGGUUCAAGGUGGGAUGAACAAUAUUCUAAAUGAUUCCUAUCAUGGAGGAAGACUGAACUUCUGGGACUUCAAUCCAAACCCUUUGCAAAGACACAGUUUUUGGACAAUCAUCAUUGGCGGGACCUUCACAUGGACCACCAUCUAUGGUGUUAACCAAUCCCAAGUCCAGCGGUACAUUGCCUGCAAAAACAGAUUCCAUGCAAAAAUGUCCCUUUAUAUAAAUCUCGUAGGACUCUGGGCAAUUCUCGCCUGUGCAGUGUUCUGUGGGCUUGCCCUUUAUUCAAGGUACCAUGACUGUGAUCCUUGGACAGCAAAGAAAGUGUCAGCCCCUGACCAGCUCAUGCCCUAUUUGGUGCUGGACAUUUUACAAGAUUUCCCAGGACUCCCAGGACUCUUUGUGGCAUGUGCUUAUAGUGGCACCCUGAGCACAGUAUCAUCCAGCAUCAAUGCUUUAGCUGCAGUAACAAUUGAAGAUCUUGUUAAACCUCACUUCCGGUCACUUUCAGAAAAGACUCUGUCUUGGCUUUCAAAAGGAACAAGCGUGCUGUAUGGAGCCCUGUGCAUUGGAAUGGCAGCCCUGGCAUCGCUCAUGGGAGCCUUGUUACAGGCAGCACUAAGUAUCUUUGGCAUGAUUGGUGGACCACUUUUGGGCUUGUUUUCUCUGGGCAUCUUGGUCCCCUGUGCCAACUCAAUUGGGGCAUUUGUAGGACUCUUUGCUGGAUUUGCCGUUUCCCUUUGGGUUGGAAUUGGAGCUCAACUUUAUCCCCCCCUUCCAGAGAGGACUCUACCUUUGAGCCUGGUUACUGAUGGUUGUAACACUACCAGCUUAGCUCCGCCGGGGAACUGGACCACGGCCACCACCACGGAAAUGCCAUUUUCUACGAGUGCUUUUCAAAUUCACAAUGUUGAAAGAACUCCUCUAAUGGAUAACUGGUAUUCCUUAUCAUAUCUGUACUUCAGCACCAUUGGAACACUGGUCACUCUAUUUGUGGGAAUAAUUGUUAGCCUCCUAACAGGAGGAAGAAAACAGUGUGUGGAGGACAGAUUUCUACUAACAAAAGAAGACUUUUUAUCCAACUUUGACUUUUCCAAGAGGGAGAAACGACCUUUAAACCACCAACCUUAUGCAAUGGAAGAUGGCGGCACUUCUAACCCUGCCUUCAACCACAUUGAAAUGAACUUCAAAGAAGAAAAUGGAAAGACCUAUAGGGCACAUUUCUGAGGCAGCUCUCAUCUUGGGUGAACUUGAAUGCCUUGUUAUUUUUUACACUUUUUUCUAAGAUUGAAUUUAGAUUUUAUUUUAGAAUACCUUUGACAUUUUUGUACCCUCUGUUGACUGGGUAAACCUAACCAAGUCACUGUACCCAGUGCUCCAAAUAACUAUAAAACUGUAAGGUACAAAGAAGGUGCUGACUUGCAUUGGGAGAGAGAGUUUCCUUACUUGGGAGUUCCCUGUGCCAAUGAAAUCACAGGGCCAGUCUCCAUCCCUAGCCCUAUAUCUAUAUACUUUCAGAUCCCCUUUGACUAACGCGCCAGCACUUCUGGGCUUUUGGUCAUGUCUCAUCCUAGUACUGGUCCUUUUGGUCCUGGUUCUUGUUAGAUGUAAGACUCUGCUUUAUUUGGCCUUGGUGCUAACAAUUCCAUGUCUUCACCUCCCAUCCAUCCAAUCCUCCAUGAAAAACAAACUGACAAAACCAUAUACACCCUCUAUUCUGGAUUUGACAUCCAGGAAAACAUCUGUAAUCCAAAAUGGACCACAUCCUAGAAACUGGAUCAUUCCAUUUCAUCCACAGUGAACUCUUAGAAAACCUAAUUGAGAACCAUGAAAAUUAAGACCAAGGUGUAUUAUUGUUUUGAUAAUUGGAAAAUGUUUUUCUUUUUUUGAAUAAUUAUUCAUUUAGUUUAAUAAUUUAAUCAUGGUAUAAAAACAUCAAAAUUGUUCUUACAUGAUGCCCUCCUACUCCUUCUAUACAAAAAGCUCAAAGGUAAUUCAUUAUUUAUUUUACCUUCUUUCCCAGUCUAAUAGUUUGGUUGCAAGCUUUCAUUGUAAACUUUAUCCUUGUAAAACUUACAGCAUAUGCUAUUUGAGAAAUGUGGUUUUUAAAAAAUUACCCUAAAUAUUUGAAAGCUGGACUUGGCUUUGUCACAGUGGGGCCAACUACAAACCAAGCCACAUAUUGACUUGGAAAACCACUAAUGAACAUUAUUUGUGUUGUAUUGUCCUUUAUUUAUUUUGUCAAACAUUUCCCAGUUGUAUUUUAAUCUAAUUGGCAAGACUGAGCCCUUUUGUCCUUGGCUUCCUGCUACCUGGUAAUUUUGAUAUUAGUGGAUAAAGAGCUAAGCUAGGGGUAAGAUAGUCUUCAGUUCAAGCCCUGCCUUUCUGACACCCCUUGACUUUUUGAGCCCUGGGUAAAUCCCUGAAGCUCUCAUAGUCUCAGGAAACUCUCUGCGUCUGUGAAUUGCUUAUCAACUUGCAUUGGUAAAGGGAAUUAUAUCACUGGGAGUUCUCUAUACCAAUGAAAUUAUAGGAGUAAUAAAAAACAAAAAUAAGAACUAUUUAGAUGCCUUUUAAAAAUGUAAAAAUAAGAAAAAGAUUUCCCAUUUGCUUUUUGUUCCUGAUAUUUGAGGAAUAAUAUAUUGUUAUAGUAUGUUGAAAUGUUCCUAGUUUAAAAAAGAGAGAAAGAGGAUUAUUUUCAGCAAACAGUGUGAAUGUUUAUACAUUCAUUCAGUGAGCAUUUGUCAAAUGCUUACUAUAAUCCAGGCACUAUUCUAGGUACAGAGAAAAGAAACAGCCUCUACCCUGAAGGAAUUGCCAUUUUGUUGGGACACAGAAUGUAAACAUAUGUAUGUAGCAUUUAUCUAAACUAUUUUGUAUUCAUAUGCCUCAAGUACUUCUGGAAUUCUAGUACUCAAGCUUUAAAAAGGCAUCUUGCUGUGUUGGGGAAAAUGCUAGUUUCCAAAUCAGAAGUCAUGGAUUCCAAUUCUAGUUCUUCUCAUUUCUAACAAUGUGACACCAGGACGGUCACAUACUCUGAGCUCCCAGGCUGCUCAUCUGUAAAAUGAGGAAAAUAAUAUAACCCUACCUACCUCACAGGGCUCUUGUGAGGACAAUGGUUUCUUUGAAAAACCUUAGAGCGCUGGAGAAAUAUGAACUACUAUUAUUUGCAAGAAAAACAUGUUUUUCAUCUUUCUUACACAUUUCUAAAUGAGCAGGAUGCUGACUUUUAGAUCUAGUUUGAUUGAAGUCAUCUUAACACUCAUUUCACACUUCUGUAUAUUAAGUGAACAUUUACAUAUGACACUAUCUUGGAAAUGGAAAUUACCAUCUUACUAUUGUCCCCCUUAUUGAAACGAGGCUUAAAGGGACUGAAAUAUGGAAAGCUAAGGCUCUAAUUUUUUCCCCACACAUUUCCAGCAAAGGAAAACAUAGCAGGGACCACAUCAGGAAGCUCAAUGGCUCCUGUUAGGCCCUUGGAAGGAGCCUUCAGGUAAAGGCAGGCUCUAAGAAGCAGAGGGUUAUCAUCCUGGCUAAUUCUCCUUCCCCUGGAAAUCUGGUGUAAGAAAAGCUGAAGUCCUGGCUCCAUUCUGUGCCAUCAGUUGUAAUCAAUAGGCUACUCUUUGACGGACCCUGAGAACACAAAAGCCUUUAUUUCGCAGAGGUCCACCUAAACUUGAUUCAAACGUUUAUAGAGUGAUAGCUGUUGGCAUUUAGAUAGUGAUUCAAGGUUUGCAAAGUCUUGACAAUGCAUUAGUUCAUUUGCUUCUCACAACCCUGGGAAGUGGGUGCUAUAAUGAUCCUCCUUUGAUAGAUGAGGGAACUGAGACCAGGGUCACACAGCUCAUAAAUGUUUGAGACAGCAUUUGAACUCAGGUCCUCCUGACUUCAGGUCCCACAUAAAUAUUUAUGCUACUAGAUGCUGUGGAGAAACCAUGGAAAAAACCCAAGUGGGCUGUGGAUAGCCAAUAGAGUGCUUGAUCUGGAGUCAGGAAGACUUAUGUUUCGAUCCCACUUCUAACACUUGCUUAGCUUCUAGGAAUCUCAGUUUCCUCAUCUGAAAACUGGAGAGAAUAACACAUGUAGUCAAAGAUGGGCUCAGAAUGGUGUGGGGAACAAGAGAAGACACUGAUAAUGUAUAAUACAGCAGACUAGGCACACCUAAGCCCAAGCAUGUCUCAUGCAGGGACACAAGAGAUGUAAGCCAUUAAGUGCUUCAUGCAAAUGUCAGCAGCUGCGAUUCUGUGUGACUUUGGGGAUUCACUUUGGUGCUAAUGCAAGUCAGACAUUAAGUUUGUCUACCUCUCAAGAUGAAUGUGACUGCAAAGGAAAGAAGCCAGCCCAUAUCCUGUCCCUUUGGUAGAAGGGGGGCACUCUGUAAGACCCACCCAAGAUUGCUUUAAAUUCCCACCGUGCUUGUAGCCAGACCUGGCUUGGCUAUGUUACAUUUUGGAAUAGUUAAACUUGACAUUGCCCUUUGUUAUUGUCUUCAUCUUCAAGUGGGAAUUAGGUUGAUAUUCCAAUGACUUCAUGGUCUCAUUUCUAUGGAUAGUCCCUCCACCAAAGCAUUCAUCCAUGCUUGCUCUUUUCUGGGCAACCCUUCUACAUGCUCUCCCAUCAAUUCUUUUUUUUUUAAAUAAUAUUUUAUUUGAUAAUUUCCAAGCAUUAUUCAUUAGAGACAAAGAUCAUUUUCUCCCCCCUCCCCCAUAGCCGACACGUGAUUCCACUGGGUAUCACAUGUGUUCUUGAUUCGAACCCAUUGCCAUGUUGUUAGUAUUUGCAUUAGAGUGUUCGUUUAGAGUCUCUCCUCUGUCAUGUCCCCUCAACCACUGUAGUCAGGCAGUUGCUUUUCCUCAGUGUUUCUACUCCCACCGUUUGUCCUCUGCUUGUGGAUAGUGUUUUUCUCCUAAAUCCCUGCAGAAUGUUCAGGGACAUUACACCGCCACUAAUGGAGAAGUCCAUUACAUUCGAUUAUACCACAGUGUAUUAGUCUCUGUGUACAAUGUUCUCCUGGUUCUGCUCCUCUCGCUCUGCAUCACUUCCUGGAGGUUGUUCCAGUCUCCAUGGAAUUCCUCCACUUUAUUAUUCCUUUGAGCACAAUAGUAUCCCAUCACCAACAUAUACCACAAUUUGCUCAGCCAUUCCCCAAUUGAAGGGCAUCCCCUUGUUUUCCAAUUUUUGGCCACCACAAAGAGCACAGCUAUGAAUAUUCUCUCCCAUCAAUUCUUGACCAGGGGACCCCCCAAUGAUGUAAGGGACUUUCUUUCAUUUUGUUGACAUGGGGAGGAUAUCAAUGGGUCAUUGGGGCAGUCAACUGACUGUUGUUGUUAUUCAUUGAUGGGUCAGGGACAACUCUUCACAACUCCAAGGGCCAUACUGUUCCAUGAGGUUUUUUUUGGAAGGCAUACUGGCAUAGUUUGUCAUUUCCUUCUCUAGGGGAUUAAAGCAAAACAGAGGUGAAGUGACUUGUCCAGGGUAAUACAACUUCUAAGUGUCUGAAACAGAAUUUGAAAUCCUGACUGCAGACUCUAUUCUUUCAGCCACCUAGCUGACUCCAUCCAUUGGCCUAUGGACUAAUAAAAUCUUUCAGGCUACUCUACAGAGUAACCACUGCAAGUAACUUUAAACGACUGGAAAUAAUAAAAACUAUGUCACUGGAUGACUUGGUGAAACUGAGGUCUUAGAACAAAGUAUCUUCUCAAGAGCUGCAAUAUGGAUACAGAUUGGGAUGAAGGAGAACAUCUGACAAGUUAACAAGGAAACAACUGUCAGAAUUUGCUUUUAUGCCAGGAAAAUAUAAUAAGCAAUAUUACUGGAAAUGCCCAAAUUAUAUUCUGAAAUUUGUAGUACAAAUAUACAGUGUUGGAAAUCCUUAGAACCCCAUUCGUUUCAUGAUGACAUGGGAUAUUUAUAUUGCCUAAGAACUGUUAGUAUCAUGAUAUUCUUUUAUGGACAUCAACAUUUGCUUCUUAAGUUAUUAAUUGAUUACCUUUAGAUGUGUUGGGUUCUGUUCUACCAUCUGUUAUGAAAAAAUGUGUGGACCCUUUGUACUGUCAUAAAAAUUAUUAUAUUGCUUCUGCUUACUUAACUUCAUUGAUUAAACUUUUUGGAGAUCCUCUA